AUGAUUACAGAGAUCAAAGGGUGUUACAGUGAGAGAGAAAGAGAGAGAGAGAGAGCGGUGGUGGGGUGGUGGACCGGCGGUUUGCUUUGCUGCUGGCUGGCCUGGACGGAGGAGAGAGAGAAAGAGAGAGAGAGAGAAUGGCGCCGGUCGGAUUGCCUCCCGGUUUCCGGUUCCAUCCCACUGAUGAAGAGCUGGUGAAUUAUUACCUGAAGAGGAAGAUUCAUGGACUGGAGAUUGAGCUUGAUAUCAUCCCUGAAGUUGAUCUCUACAAGUGUGAGCCUUGGGAAUUAGCAGAGAAGUCAUUUUUGCCUAGUAGGGAUCCGGAGUGGUAUUUCUUCGGGCCGAGGGACAGAAAAUACCCGAACGGGUUUAGAACGAACCGAGCGACCCGAGCGGGGUAUUGGAAGUCGACCGGGAAAGACCGGAGAGUUUCGUCACAAAACCGGGCGAUCGGAAUGAAGAAAACUUUGGUUUACUACCGCGGGAGAGCCCCUCAGGGCAUCAGAACCGAUUGGGUAAUGCACGAGUAUCGCCUCGACGAUAAAGAGUGCGACGACUCCUCCGCCGGCAUUCAGGACUCAUAUGCAUUGUGCCGAGUGUUCAAGAAGAAUGGAAUAUGCUCUGAAAUAGAGGAACAAGCACAGCCUAGCUGCAACAUACAAAUACUGGACUACUCAUCAGCACAAACCGUCGCAAAUGAUCAGUACGAAACGCCGUCGCCGGAGGUUCCGUUCACGUCAUCCUCGUGCGUGGAAGAAGAAGAAAAAGAAGAUAAAGAUGAUUCAUGGAUGCAGUUCAUCACGGAGGAUGCAUGGUGUUCCUUCACGUCCCCCUAUGCUACAGAAGAGGUGUCUCAAACGACAUUCACCAACUAAAGGGGACCAAACAAAAACAAACUAUAAUCAGUGACAAAACCUCUAAUUCGUAUAAUAUGUUUUCCAAGUAAUAAUUGUUAUUAUAUUAUUAUUAUUAUUUUGAUUAAGUUUGUAACAUUUAAUUUUGUUUCGAUAUGAUACACAGUGUACUGAUGAUAUACUCUCUAAUUGGGUUUUAGGUUCUUCUUCUGUUUUUUGGUUUGUGGCUGUUGGAAUCUAUACGGCCAGUUUAUCUUAAAGGCUUUACAGGUUAGGUUCCCACCUCAUGCUUGAGGUUCUGUCAACUGUCAUGGACUCAUGGUUUUACCUGUCAAAUAAAGGAUGGUUUUCUUUUU